UCCCCCUCUUCUUUCUCUCCCUUCCUCUGCUUUCCGAUUCCCCAUAUCUUGCCUCACUCUUUCCUGAUCUUUUUCUUCCCAACCCCCUCCCCCCACCUGUCCUGUCUCUCCCUUCCCUGCCCCUUUUUAGGCUGAGUCCUGGGUUUCUCUGAGUUGUCUCUUCAGAUGAACAGGAAGGGUGGAGGAUGGGGGGCUCUGCAAGAAGGAGGGGAGUGGGCGGUGCUGACUCUUCACUGCAGCCCUCAUCUGCGCCCCGCUCCGGCAGAUGGCAUUCACACGGAACGUCUUCAGUGGCGCCCCCUGGGGUUGGGGUGAUAAUCAGCUGGCAAGUGGGAUGCGCGGAGCCGCAGUGAAGGACUUGCCCUUCCUCCAGCGGCGCCGCGGGUCCCUGGGAAGACGGGGGGAGCUCUCUGUGCUCGGGUGCAGGUCUUGUGCCUGGGGGCAGGCAUGCCGCCGCCCAGGUGGAAGCCAAGCAGGGAGAAAUCACCUGCCUCCAGAACAUUCAUCAGGAGGAGGGAAACCGUCAGCGUCCAGGCGCCCCUGGGUCACAGGUGCGCUCCCUCCUGAGCUGCCGGGAGGCUGGCCCCGAAGAACCUUAUUAUGUUGGUUUGACUUUCCAGCUCUAGAGUGUUUCCAGUGUGACAGAGUCAACACCAGCGGGGUCUGCGUGUCUGGGGGAGGCACCUGCCAGACUCAAGACGGCCAGCAGUGCUUUCUGAGGAAGAUCUACGAAGAUGGCAUGCUUUCCUACGGACGCCAGGGUUGUAGCCAACUGUGUACUCCCAUGAAGCUCUUUAAUCCCAAUGUUAUUGUGGAAUAUAAAUGCUGUCAUGACUCGCCUCUCUGCAACAAGUUCUAAAGUCAGGGCCCCAGCUGUUGCCCUGAUGUGAUGGAUGAAGCUAAUUUCGGAAUCCCUAAAUUGCAACCACGGCAGCCUCCAAGACUCCCUGAUCUGAAUGUGGAUCCCCCAUGAGAAGCAGCCUCAGACUUGCUCUGUCUUCAGACUCCUCAUCCUUCACUGCUAGAAGCCCCAAGGAUGUAUUCUUUGAAACCAAAUUGGGAUGAAGAUUAGUGGGCAUAGCUAGGUCCAAGGGUACUUUCUCCCUUUUCAGGUCCUAAUUGGCAGUCACAUUGAUUGGCUGCUUAAAAUGGCAGGGUCUGGGAAAGGCUGAAUUUGUGAUUCUGCAUGUUCUGGAGGCAGGAACUGAAGGAGGAGGGGGAGUCUUCCAAGGCUUAAAAAAAUAGAAGUGUGAAGAGCUCCAUAAAUGAUGGAUUAGUUCAGUGGGCUAGGUGUUGUAACACAAAUCUCUUAAGUAUCAGUGGCUUAAAAAAAAAAAUGGAGUAGAUUAUGUCAGAGGGAUCCAGAACUUACACACAUCCACUGCUAAACCCAACAUCAUAAACUUUGAACCCAGAUAUCCUGAGACCACCUAGAACUUUUCUUCUUUUCUCCUUAGAGAGCACAGCUUAACAACCAAUUUGCUCCCAGCAAGUGACUGAAUGCCUGCCAGCACCAAUCAUAGUUCUGUAACAAUAACCUUUGUUUCUUCUCUAGAAUGUCUCUGUUGCCUUUAUAAUCCCCCACUAUUGUCUGUUGCCCCGCCCCCUCCAGAGCACAUCUGAAUUGCCAUUCAAAUGGUUGCCUCCCAAAAUGCAAUUCUUAGGAUUCUCAAUAAACUCUUUUUCUUAUUUGCA